UUUUAGUGACGUUAAAGAUUAAUAGUGAUAGUUUGCGACAAUAAUUAUUAUAAACAUUUUUAUGCCGGACAGCCUUCAAGAGCUGUUGUUUUAUGUGAUAUUUGUUUAAAAAUGGUUGAAUCUUGCAGUGCGGUGAAUUGCUGCAAUAGUCGGAGAAAAGAUGUGAUAAUGAAGUUUCACAGGAUACCUAGAUAUCCUAACAUGAGGAAGUUGUGGUUACAUGCUAUAAGAAGAGAAAACUUUACUCCCAGUACAACAACGGUAAUUUGUGAAAAGCAUUUCACUCCAGAGGAUUAUGAAGUUAGUGUUCAUGGAAAUAAGGUACUAAAAAAGGUGGCAGUUCCAUCUGUGUUUGAUUUUCCAGCCCAAGUUUAUUUUCAUUUGUAA